AUGGGUAUAAAUCAGACGCCUAAAGACGCGGAUACAGCUGAAACUGAAUGCGCUCACAUUAUUCCUUUCUCAAUGGCACUGUCGUCAAAGGGAAAGCCGGAGAUUGAAUCAGCUUUACAGACCUGGGAUCUGCUGUACCAGUGUUUCCCAGCUCUUAAGAAGGUCUUGGAUAUGAGUGAUCCAUUCAAUAUCAACAAUCCUGAAAAUGCCAUGACCUUGUUACAUGAUAUUCAUGGUGCGCUAGGAUCAUUUAAUAUGGCUUUUGAAGAAACAAUGAGUUUAAUUAUGUCUGCUGGGCAGCUUAUCAGUACUAAAAAUACCUUAUAG